AUGGAUCAAGGAUGGAAUGUCAUAACAUUUGAAAUUGAAGCUGCUGAUGAAGAGGCUCCAAAAACUAGUCGAGAUCAUCUUAUGAUACAGUUAAGUAUUAUAAGAACAUUUUUCGCGAUUGGAAUUGUUGAAAAAAGGAUUUGGGAAGGAUUCGAAGACUAG